CACCAAUUUACGGCUAAUCUCAUUUCACUACGGUAAAUUCUAACUUCUAAAGCCGAUUGUAAAAUUAAAACUCUUAAAAAGCGAAGAAGCAAAAUAAAUAAUGGCUUACGAUUUAAAGAAGGAAUCGGAUGUUAAGGAGUACAUAGACAAAUUGGGCAUCGAAUAUCGUUUCGGUUGCUAUUCGGAAAAGAAACCAGAGGUUUGUCAUCUUUUGGGUGACUACUUGGAGGGUAUUAAGAAAGACUUUGAGAAGGCGGCAAAAGUAUACAAAUCCACAUGCGAUGAUUAUGGCUAUGCGAAGUCCUGCUUUAAAUAUGGGAACUAUAGCUUUUUGGGUAAAGGCAAGAGUGGCAGCAAGGGUGAUCCGCGCAGUGCUUACACAUACUACGAGAAAGGCUGCCAACUGAAUGAUGCGGAUGCAUGCUUACAUACAGGAUUGCUGCUGGUUUCACGUUCCAUGUACAAGGAGGUCGACCGAAAUGUGCCGAAGGGCAUCGAUUACCUAUCAAAGAGUUGCGACAUGAACAAUGCCACCGCCUGCUUCUACCUCUCAGGAAUGCAUAUAUCCGGCGUGCAAAAAAAACCGGAAGUAUCAGGCCACCUCAACACAAACGACACCAAGAAAGUGCAGCCAAAGGAUGGUGAUUUCAUACUACAGAAAGACAUGAAAAAGGCAUUCGAAUUCGCGUAUAAAGCUUGCGAGUUGCGUAAUAUGUACGCAUGCGCAAAUCUAAGUCAAAUGUAUGCGCGUGGUGACGGCACUGAAAAGAAUGAAAAAGAAGCCGAUAAGUAUAAGAAGAUGGCAUUAGAAAUGCAGGAUGAAGUGAAGAAGCAACAACAGACGCUCGAGUUCCAACAGGGCAUGAAAAUGCCCAACUGAACUUGAAUGAAAGCGUAAAGUGGAGUGUGUGUAAAGCUAUGACAUGAAUUGGAACAAAUUUAAGCACAAGUUGUGGCAAAUACAUUGACGAAUGCGGCUAUAACAGUAAAAGCGGCGGAAUUUGUUUUUAUUUAUAAAACUCAUAAUUUUAGUACACAUAAAAGCAGACUUUGAAUUUGCUAUAAAAAAAUGUUAAUAUUUUUUGGGUUAAUUUGAGCAGAGACAUAACUUCUAAUACAGCCAACAGCUGGAGUCGAGGGCGUGUCAGAAAAAAAUUAAUUCAAGUUUUUAAUUAUUUCCUGCUUAAGCAAAGCUUAUUAUUUAAGUCAAAGUUACUUGAAUGUUUUUGUGUUUUCGUUACGAAAACAAAAAAGAAAUAAACAAGCAAUAAAAAAAACUAACGGGCGUAAUGUUAACAAAAUAUGCAUGAAAACAAAUUUCGAUUUUUACGUAUGUGGUAGCAAAUGAAGACAGUUAACUUUGUAAUUGUAAUAUAUAUUUAAAUUUUAAACAAAUGUACUAGUACUACGUAUUUAUGUAGUCAAAUGAAAACAAAAAAACAAUAAAUAAAUAAAAGAACAGAAAAC